AUGCUCCGCGCAAGCUGCCACACGGCUGCCAAGGCCACAUCCUGCAUCGCCGCUGCUGGUGCUGGUGCUGCUGUCGCUACCACCUCCAGCGAUGAACGGGAUGGACUCCGGUUAUUGUUGUUGCCGCUGCUGUUCUGCUCGUACGGGUUGUGGCUGUUUCCCUCUUCACGUGCACGGGACGCUAUAGAGGCGCUGCGAGAACCGGCUGCCUCGUCGCCCCUCGCCGCGGCCAUCGCCACAAACGAGGGCAGCGCAAACGAGCCUCCGAACUCCUCCGUGUCACCUUCAAGCUGCAGUUGCUGCUCCCUUUGGCUGGAGGCCGCCUCACUGCGCCCGUGGAGGGCACUGGCCGGUUCUGUUUCCCAGCCGCUUGAUCCUGACUUUUCUUGCGGUUUUUGCUGUUGCUCCGCGGUGAUGUUGCAAGGGCGCAAGAAUCCCUGCUCCAGCACGGCGUCCACGAGCUGUGCCAACGCCUUCGACUUCGGGUGUUCCCUCAGUCGCAGUGACGCAAAGAACAUUUCGCGAAACAGCUGA